AUGACGAAAACUGAGAAGGUAGACAGGUUAACGUAAGAAAUUGCUAGAAAAUUGGAAAAACCUUUUCUCGCAAUUUUCAGAAUGGUCAAAGAAAAUCUGGCAAAAUACAAGAUGUAUGAUGGGGUAAAAUAUGGACAUUUUUAAUGUUUAAUUUGAAAUUCAAUGCAGGAUCACGAAGAAGGUUACGAUGGGCAUCAGGAAUGGAAUGGCGAGGAUGACUUGGUAAAGAAUAGAUUUUUCCCCAAAAAAAUUCAGAAAGUUUCAGCUCCUCGAGGCGAUCGCCUUCUUCUACAAAGCCGUCAAAAAACGCUAUUUUCUGGAAGUCCGCUCAUUUUUGGCAAUUUUGAUGCCAAACGGAGCCGACGACGGACGGCUUCCGGCCAUUCAGCACCUGUUGACCAACACCACGUCGGAGGAGGCUCUCAAGGUUCGGGUCGUAUACGAAACGCGUUUGAGGAAUUUUUAAAGAUCAGAGUUUUCUCAGGAGGCCCUUCUUUGCUCAAUUGCGACCGGAAGUCGUCCGCUCGUCGAGUUCGUCUUGGCCCUCUUCGUCGAUUGUCCGUUUCUGGAGAGAAGUGGUGAAUCUCAACAAAAAAUCGUUGCGAGACCAUCGCUUGAUGCGCCUUCAAACGUUUUUUGUUUGAAAAAAUACUAAAAAGCGAAAAACGACAAUUUUCCGUGCUGCCAGACAUUUUUUCACAAAAAAUUUCAACAAUUUCAAUUCAGUGCACGAUUUUUUCGUUUUUACAUCAAAAAACGAUGUGAAAAACUAGCAAAAUCAAGGAAAAAACAUCCUAAUUCCAGCAAUAAAUGCGCGCACAUCUCGAGACAAAUACGAGCAAAACAGCCAUUUCGCGCUACACGCGAUAGAUCAGAAUUUGUCUCGUUUUUUUUUUCAGCCUCAGGCGCGCUCCGCCAAUUUUUAAAAAUUGCCGCGUACCCGUGACCGUCAAGGGUCCAUGCCAAUUUUUAAAAAUUGCCGCGGACCCGUGACCGUCAAGGGGAUCGCAUCGCGUUUUAUCUGUUUUUUCUAGAAAUCUCGUUUUGCGCGGCCGCUAAACGUGCUCGCGCCAUAAUGAAUUAUAGAUUGUAAAAUACUGGAUUUACUGAAACUGAAAUUUGCAGGAUGUGCGAACUCUGCCAGUUUUCCGCCGCACAUGACUCCGUUGAUGCUCGCGUGCAUUCUCAACAACUUUUCGAUCGUCCAAUGCCUGCUACUCCGUGGACAUACCAUCCAAACGCCGCACUUUUUGACUUGUGAAUUGUGAAAAACAACGUUUUCCAGAACAUUGCUAGAAUUGCAGGCGAGUGCUCAACGUGCAAGCGCGAGACGGUGUCGACGGGCCGCAACUCUCGGAUCGUGGACGUGAUGCGCGCGCUCUCCUCGGAAUCGUUCCUCUGGUUGGCCACCGAUGACGUGUUCGCCGCCGCGUGCUCCGUUGCUCAGGAUCUGCAGAAAAUGAUGGACGAGGACGAGCUGGAGCACGUCGAAAUCUACCGGAGUCUGGAGGCGAACGUGCAGAGAUUCACCGCGCGACUGUCGGAUCAGGCGUGGCGCACCGACGAGUUUAGCGUGCUCGUUGGCAAUGUUAGUUGGAUGGUUGUCAAAUGUUGUCAAAUGCUUUACGCCGUAGCUCACUUUAGUUGACAAAAACGGAAAAAGAACGAGAUUUCUCCUUUUUCUGUAUUUCAGCAUCUUAGGUGGUACCCAAGUGCUACAAAGGAGAUCUCGUAAGAAUGAGAACUGAUACAUGUUCUCAUUCCGACAGUUUGCAUUUUUUGUACCACCGUAGUUUGGCAACUUUUGUCUGACCACGUCUAGAUGAGAGACUGUAGUUUAAAGGACCAGGGAACCCAAAAUUUUUUUGAUUUUUUUGUGAAAUGUUUUUGUGACUGUUUGAAUUGUCUCUUAUUGCCUCAUACACUCGUGAAAUGCUGCCUCUCAAAAAUGCCAAUGAACGAAACGGCAUGCAGUUGAAGUUGUGGCCGUGGCCUAGCGCCAAUGGCCGAAACAUAUAUAAAAAUAUAUGCGCUUCUCGGCCAUUUUAUUUUUUCCGCUUUUUUACCGGUUUUUCUCCAAAAAUUCACGGUUUCUCCCAUUUUGGCACUUCAUAUCAACUGAAUGAAAACAAUUUUUUAGCAGUGAAAAAAUAAGUAAGUGCCGAACUAAUGUCAAUCAACUGAAAAAUGACAGAAACCGUGAAUUUUUGGAAAAAAACCGGUAAAAAAGCGGAAAAAAUAAAAUGGCCGAGAAGCGCAUAUAAUUUUAUAUAUUUUUCGGCCAUUGGCGCUAGGCCACGGCCACAACUUCAACUUUUGCGAGGCAGCAUUUCACCAGUGUAUGAGGCAAUAAGAGACAAUUCAAACAGUCACAAAAACAUUUCACAAAAAAAUCAAAAAAUUUUUGGGUUCCCUGGUCCUUUAAGGGUAUAUGAUAUCUGCAAAAAAUCACUGAAAAACGCUGCUGUCGAUUCAGAAGAACCAUUGCCCACGUCGGAACACGGAAAUCUCGUCGCCGCGCCUCCAGAUGGCGAUGGAUUCGCACAUGCGUCAGUUCACGUGCACCACGAACAGCCAGUCGGCCGUCAAAUCCGUAUUCAGAUCCGGUUAGUCAGAAACUCGUCAAAAGUAUCAUCAAUAUAACAAAACUUUGCAGACUGGUUCAACUUUGGCAACAAACUGAAGCGAGACACGUGGCGCGUGCUCCGCGUCACCCUACUCAUGCCGUUCCUUUGCCUUUUGCACGCCGUGUGUCCGCAUCGAGGCACCACAAUGUCGAUUCCGUACGCUCGAUUCAUGGCGCACAUUUGUGCCUACGUCUUGUUUCUGGCCACCACCAUUCUUCGCUUGUGUACGCUUUUUUCGAAGGCCCAUUUUGUCAGACUGUUUCUGGACUGAAAUGUUUUGGGCUCAAGUUUCUGCUGGCCGAUCCGUUAAUUUACUCUGCUACAGACUUUUCGACCCCCAUUCACAUUUUUCUAUAGUAAAUGGAAAUUUGGAAGCCGAUGCACCGUUUGUGAAAAUGAGCAUUUUUGCAGUCAAUUGGAAUUCGCUAGUUUUCGAAGGAUACAUGUACGCGUACAUAUUCGGUUUGGCACUCGAACGCGCACUUUUGUACUAUCGUGUCGGAGCCGACGUCUUUUUUGCGUUUUGGUGGAGAUGGUGAGCACUUUUUGUAUACGGAAAUCCAUUGAAGAUAGUAGACCGCGCCACGGUCUCAAGAGCUGACAAUAUGGGCGUGGCUUUCGCGCCAAAUGGAGUUUUCAUGAAUUGAGCACUUUGCCUCGGAUUCUUGUUUGUCAAGAAUGAUGAAAAAUGAUAUUUUCACAUGCAAACAUAACAAUUCGUCGGAACAAUGACGGCGCGGUCUCCCACGGCGCGAAUGAUUUCAAUGGGGCGCACUUGCAACAGGCGGGCUGUGUCGAUUUACGCGGCGGCCGAUUAAUUAGUUUUCUGUACAAUACACCUAUUUUUUGUACGCCUAGAACCUGGAUUCGAGCAUUUAGAGCACUAGCUACGUUUUGGUAACAGAAAUUUCGCAUAUCGUUGAGAAUUAGCCGAGUUAUUUCGAUUUGAAGGUUUUAGCCUGGAUUUUGAUGUUUUUCGAAUAGUUUUCGAAAACUGCUCAAGAAGACUAACCGCCGGAACCUGAAUUUUGUGAAGAAAGAUUCAGCGAACAUUUUGGGCUCAUGAAAUGCUCAUGAAAUGCAAAAUGAGCUGAAAUAUAAAGGUUUGAAGUUUUGACGAAAUGCGAAAAAGACGCUAAAAACAUGAAAAACUCUAAAUUCUGUAAAGAACGGUUUCCAAUCAGUAAAAUAUUGUUUUCUAGACGUUUUUCAAGUCAAAAAAAAAAGAAAUAAAGGCGCCCCCUGGGAGACCGUGGAAGGUAUGGUUCAUUUUCCGCGAAUUUCGCUCUUUCCUUUGCCGCCGAUCGCCGCCGAAAACCCAAACUUCUAAUUGCGCAUUCUUCAUAGUUUUCAGACAAAUCACGCAAAUACAAGCAUUUUGAGUGCUUGAAGAGUUGAAGUACGAAAAUUUAAAAAAAAGCAACUGAAAUUCGCGCAGUUUUGGCGGAAAAAAAGAAAAAAUCACCGUGCGCUUUAUUUGGCGGGGCACCCAUUCUCGUUAAUUGUAAUCUUCUUUUUUUGUCAGGUUUGACACGUUUCUGAUCUCGGCCUUCCUCCUCUCCUGCCUCUUUUUAAUCUAUUCGAAAACCGGAUUCGAGCCCGUCGACGCUUCGAAAGUGGACAGAGUACACUGGGUAAAAAUGUCGCCUAAAAAAUGUUCAAAAAUUUCAAUUGCAGCCGUCUGCCGAAUACGACCUUUUCCACGAGAUUUUCCUAUCGAUCGCCUGCGUUUUGGGCAUUUCCAAAUGCUUUUACUAUUUGCAAAUUGUCAAGGGAAUCGGCGGAUCUGUGGUACGAAUUGAACGAAAUUUCGAGAGUGUGUCGUACUGGGAAGAUUUUCAGAUUUCGGUGGGAAAAUGCGUCGGAAAAGUGUACACGUACAUUAUUAUUAUGAUUUUGCUCAUUUUCUCGUUUUCCGUCGGAUUAAACGUAUUGGUGGGACCGUAUUUGAAUCGGGAAUCGAUUAAAAAGGACGGAAGUGUCGACGAGAGCACCACAAAGUCCUACGGAAAGUGAGUGGGGGGCGGAUGCACAAGCGAGUUCUAAACAAAGCGGAUUUGCAUCAUCUAGCUAACUGAAAAUCGCCAUUUCAGACUCAUUAGUUUAAAAAGUACGGUAGUUUUUUUUAAAAGGCGUAGCACGAACUUUUCGCACGCGAAUUGGAAGGCGGCGUUUGUGUGUGAAAUUUUCGAGAAAAAAAGUGUUUUCCAGCCUGGCGAUGUCGACGAAGAACCUGUUCUGGUCGAUCUUUGGCUACCUGGGACCGUCGACGUACGUGACGGCGGUCGGGAACGCCGGAAGGGACCUGGAGCCGGCCGGCCACCCGUUCAACUCGGCCACUCUCGAGAUUUUGGGCGGUCUCUUCCACGGAAUCAUCAUAAUCACCAUUCUGAAUCUGAUGAUCUCGCUGCUCGUCAAGAAAGCGGACGAAGUGCUGGACAACGAGGAGAUGGAGUUCAAGUACACGCGGGCGGCCAUUUACGCCGAGUUUCUGUCGUGGGAGAUGGCCGCACCGCCCCCGUUUAACCUGUUUUUGGUGCCGAUGCACCUCGUGCACAGGACUUUUGUACGUUUGUUUUGUUUGCGUCAGUUUCAGGCGAAAAUUGCUAUUUCAUUUUCCAGUUGCAUCGCCUGUACGAAUCGCCGAGUUGGGGUCAAAAACCGGUGGAGGAUAAGGACGAAGAGCGAGCGCAACAGGAGCAGUACAUGGUAAAACGAUGUUUGUAAACCUGAUAAUUUGCGACCAUUUUUUCGCAGAAAGUCCUUUUGACAAUUUUCAAACGAUUCGUGGCGGCGAAAGAGUGCAAAUACAAGUCGAUUUGGAGAUCCGAAUUUGAUGUAAGUUGGCAAAACGGAAGUUUGCGAAAGAGAGAAAAAAAACAAGAGUUUUGUCAAAAGCUGACACGAAAAACAUUGGUUGCGUGUCCUAUUGCUGCUUGUUUGAAGAAAUCGAGUGAUUCACGGUCUCCCAGGGCGCUAAUGCUAAACACAGUGCGCUCGUAAAUUGCGGAGUGUCGUUGUAACUUUUGAAAAUUUGCAGGUCUAAAAAUGCAGUUCAAUUCGAGUUUACGACCUUUAUUUCUUUCUUUUUGACUUGAAAAACGUCUAGAAAACAAUAUUUUACUGAUUGGAAACCGUUCUUUACAGAAUUUAUAGUUUUUCAUGUUUUUAGAGUCUUUUUCGCAUUUCGUCAAAACUUCAAACCUUUACAUUUCAGCUCAUUUUGAAUUUCAUGAGCCCAACGAACAAUAAAAAUGUUCGCUGAAUCUUUCUUCACAAAAUUCAGGUUCCGGCGGUUAGUUUUCUUGAGCAGUUUUCGAAAAAUAUUCGAAAAACAUCAAAAUCCAGGCUAAAACCUUCAAAUCGAAAUAACUCGGCUAAUUCUCAACGAUAUGUGAGAUUUCUGUUACCAAAACGUAGAUAGUGCUCUAAUUAUUCGAAUCCGGGUUCCAGGCGUACAAAAAAUAGGUGUAUUGUACAGAAAACUAAUUAAUCGGCCGCCGCGUAAAUCGACACAUCCCGCCUGUUGCAAGUGCGCCCCAUUGAAAUCAUUCGCGCCGUGGGAGACCGUGUGAUUUUCGAAAGUUCAAGCUGAAAAUCGAUAAUUCUGUUUUCAACGUUUAUUUUUCAUAGCAAACGACGAUGGAGAGCAUUAAAUAGGAAGAGAGAGAGCUCUCGUUGCGAAAAAAAUUAUCAAUUUGCAGAAGGAGGAGAAGCAGGCGUGCCGCGUGGCGUACCUCUCGUCGGGCACCCGUCCUGCCUCGUUGGACAACACUUUCGAGGGCGUCCGCUGGCGGAAUCGACGGAAGAUGGAGCGCGAGGCGAACGAGCCGAACUUCCACGUGGACGAAUACUAUACGCAUCCGGGGAAGGGCAUGGCGCGCGAGAAGGCGAUGAGCAAGCAGAUGCCGAUAGAGAAGACGGAGCCGCCGACCGGGACCAAGUUGGAACCGUUGCCCGUGGUGGUGCAGACGCCCGCGCAGCCCGUUUGA